AUGCGACGAUUUCCCCCCCAGCUGUUUGCGCCAGCGGGUCUUAUCGCCUCCGUGCUCGAUGGCUUCACCAUCUGGAAGUUCCUGGUGACUCUCUUCGUUGGCGCCGUCGUCUACGAUCAAUUGAAGUAUCACUACCUCAAGGGCGCAAUCAUCGGACCUGCCUAUAAGAUCCCCUUUAUGGGCCCGUUCCUGGAAUCUGUCAACCCCAAGUUCACCGAAUAUAAGGCCAAAUGGGACAGCGGCGAAUUGAGCUGUGUCUCCGUCUUCCACAAGUUCGUCGUCAUUGCCUCGUCCCGUGAUAUGUCCCGCAAGAUCUUCAACUCGCCCGCCUAUGUCAAGCCCUGUGUCGUGGACGCCGCCCACAAGCUUCUCGGAAAGACCAACUGGGUUUUCCUUGAUGGCAAGGCUCACGUCGACUACCGCAAGGGUCUCAAUGGCCUGUUCACCCGCCAAGCUCUGUCCUGCUACAUGCCCCGCGUCGAGGAGGUCUUCAACGACUACUUCCAGCGUUUCCUCGAUAACUCUGCCAAGCUCGAGCACAAGCCUACUCCCUGGAUGCCUCAGUUCCGUGAGCUGAUGACUGCCCUGGCCUGCCGCACCUUCGUCGGCUACUACAUGUCCGAGGAGGCUGUCCAGAAGGUCGCCGACGACUACUACCUGAUUACCGCCGCGCUCGAGCUGGUCAACUUCCCCAUCAUCCUGCCCUAUACCAAGACCUGGUACGGCAAGAAGGCCGCCGACAUGGUCCUUGACGAGUUCUCCAAGUGUACCGCCAAGUCCAAGGCUCGCAUGGCUGCCGGUGGUGAGGUUUCCUGCAUUCUGGACGCCUGGGUCAAGGCCCAGCAGGACUCUGCCAAGUACCGUGAGAAGAUUGAGAAGGGUAUCCCGGUUGAGGACUCUGAGAAGCCUGCCCAGGUUCUCCGUGAUUUCUCUGACUUUGAGAUUGCCCAGACUAUCUUCACUUUCCUUUUCGCCUCCCAGGAUGCCACCAGUGCCGCCACCACCUGGCUGUUCCAGCUCUUGGCUGACCGUCCCGAUGUUCUGGAGAAGGUCCGCGAGGAGAACCUGCGCGUCCGUCACGGUGACCGUAACACUGGUAUCUCCCUCGAGUUGAUCGAUCAGAUGACUUACACCCGUGCCGUCGUCAAGGAGACCCUCCGCUACCGUCCCCCUGUCAUCAUGGUCCCUUAUCUCGUCAAGAAGGAUUUCCCCAUCACCGACAAGAUCACCGUUUCCAAGGGUUCUAUGAUCAUUCCUUCCGUCUGGCCCGCCACCCACGACGAGGAUGCGUACCCCAACGCCGACUCCUUUGAGCCUGAGCGCUGGAUCACCGGUGAUGCCGAGCAGCAGUCCAAGAACUUCCUGGUCUUCGGCACCGGUCCCCACUACUGCCUGGGCCAGAACUACGCCGUCUCCUCACUGAUUGCCAUGAUCGGCAAGGCCAGUCUGGAGAUGGAUUGGGAGCACUUCCCCACUGCUCAGUCGGAGGACAUCAAGGUGUUCGCCACAAUUUUCCCCCAGGAUGACUGCCUUCUGAACUUCCGCCCCGCGCCCUAA